AUGCACGGUUUAUUCAUCGCUCUCCUGGCCCUACAGGGCCCAGCCACGGUUUCAGCUCAAGACUCCCAUUCUAUCGAGAAAGUGUGGGGAGUCUUCGCAUUUACUGUCCACGGAGACAGCAAGCCCAGUGCACUCACUAGCUCUAGAACCUUGACCGACUAUGGAGCCAACGAACUCGCCGCCGCAGCAUCGGAUUUCCGUUCUCGUUAUGUAUCUGGAGGCUCUGAUACUGGAAUCCAAAACAUAUCCCCAAUCAUUUUGGACUCAAACGAUGUGGAUGUGCUCUCAACAACGGAUCAGAACAUUGUUGGUUCCGCCCAAGCAUUCAUGCAGGGUCUAUACCCACCACUCGGCUCAAUGAACAUAUCGAGUGGUCAAAUUGCGAAUGGAUCAUUUGCACAGGCGCCAUUAAACGGGUACCAAUAUCCUCGGAUUGUCACCGUCGGCGAGGCGGACCCUCAGUCUAUUUUGAUUGAAGGACACGCAAUGUGUGACAUGUAUGAUGCCGCCGAGGGCGAAUACAAUGCCAGCGACGAAGUCCAGGAUAUCACGCGAGAUACAGAAGCCUUUUAUAGGAAACUGUGGAAACUGGCAUUGUCUGGAGUCUACGAUGAAUCCUUUGCAACUUACACGAAUGCUGUUCCAAUCUCGGAAUAUUUGGAUUAUGAGGUUGUGCAUAAUGACAGCUUGUUGGAGAGUUUGAAUAAUGCCGACAUCCUUCGUGCCCGCUCGCUGGCGGACCAGUAUUUAUGGAGCACAAACAGCCAACAAUCAUCUUCCAGCGGGUCUUUGAUCAGGGUAGUCAGUCCGAUUGCGGGGCAGACAUUGGCAUCGAGCAUUCUCGAAGCCUUCGACCUGAACAUCCAGGAAGGUGGAACCAGGCAGAAAAUAACCCUUUUGUUCGGUGGUGAUGAGCCGGCUGUUGCUCUGUCGUCUUUGGUGGGACUCGCAAACCAGCAUCAACCAAACUUCUUCUCCCGCCUGGUACGAGGCGGCUCGUUCGUUUUCGAGCUGUACAGCUUCGAGGACGGCAGCAACUUGUAUCCAUCAUACCCUGGAAUCGACAAUUUGUAUGUGAGAUUUUUGCUUCACAAUGGAACUGACAACACCACCGACUUCCAAGCAUAUUCCCUUUUUGGACACAGUCCCAGUCGUGCCUCAAUCCCAUAUACCGAGUUCCACUCCGAGCUGGAAACAUUUGCCGUGGCCUCAACCCAGGAAUGGUGCCUCCGCUGUAACGCCGAAACUGUUUUCUGCAAUGGAGUGCUAGAUCAGAGUGAAUCUCAGCCAAAGCAGAACAAAGGUAUGGGUCCCGGUGUAGCCGGAGUCAUUGGUGCUGUUACAACGCUUGCAGUCAUUGGACUCAUAGGAGUCAUUGUGUUCCUUGUGCAUCGUGCUCGCAAGGGAACCAGCCCCAAGAAAGGAAGCUUGGGCGGGUUCAAAGGCUCUGGAAAACUUGCCAGUGAUACCGACGUGUCAUUCAGUGAUCCCAUAUGGAGAAACUCUAAGACCGAUGAUACGCAACCAUCUAAUGGUCUCGCCGCCGGAGUUGGAGUUGCUGUACAGGGCCAUGAACGCACUGGAAGCUGGGAGAUGGGACAGGGGAGCAAAGAAAGUGAAAAUAUUCGGCCCGAUGGCGUGGAAGGGAGGUCGCCUUUUGAGCAUGAAGAGGAUUGGAUUGUACACAGUGGUCUUAAACCUGUGAGAAUCCGGGAGAGUGUAUAG